UUAGGACAUGACUUGGAUGAUGCAAGGCAAUAUGGAUGGAGUUUUGAUACAACAGUUAGUCACAACUGGGCCACAAUGAGAGAAAAUGUUCAGAAUCACAUUGGGUCCCUUAACUGGGGUUACAGAGUAGAACUCCGAGAUAAAAAGGUCACAUAUAAAAAUGCAAUUGGAGAACUUACAGAUGCUCACACCAUCAAGGGUAGUCCUGGUGAUGAUUUGUUCUCAUUAGAAAACAGUCCAGGCAAGACUGUCAUCAUAGGAGCAUCAUACGUUGCUCUGGAAUGUGCAGGGUUUUUAGCUGGGAUCAAGCUUGAUGUAACUGUUUUGGUUCGAUCCAUUCUCUUACGAGGUUUUGACCAGCAAAUGGCGGAGUUAAUUGGCAAUGACAUGAUUAACCAUGGAAUUAAAAUCAAAAGACCAGCAGUUCCUACAAAGGUCGAACUUAUAGAAGAAGGAACACCCAGAAAACUAAGAGUUCAUUUUAAACAUUUAGACACUGGUGAGGAAAACUCCAUCGAAUGCAACACUGUGAUGUUUGCGAUCGGCAGAGACCCGUGUACACAGGGAAUUGGUCUCGAGAAUGUCGGUGUGAAACUCAAUCCAAA